CACUUCAUUUCUCUUGUGUGUCCACUGUCUGUUCCUCAUCGUGCUUCAUUGCUCCACCGCCCAAGCAAUCAGCAAUCGGCACGAAGCCCGCUACUCGCGCGAUGGACGCGCUGCUCCUUUCGUCGCCCGCCCCGCGUGCGUCGCUCGCCGCACCAUCGUCGCGCACGUCGCUGCGCACCACACAUGCCGGCCGCGCGCUGCUAGCCGCCCCCAGGCGCCUGUCGCUGCAUGGAGGGGCGGCGCGCAGCAGCAGGGGGGGAAGGGCAGUGAGAGUGGUGGCGGAAGGGGGAGAGGCGGAGAUGGAGAAGGGGAGAGCCGCCAUGCGCCAGUGGUGGCAGGCGCAGCUGGCAGCGAAGGCGGGGCAUCAGGGGGAGAAGGCGGCAGGGGCAGUGGCGGUGGCGGAUGGGGGGAACGGGCAGGCGGGCAUGGACGCCGCUCGGGCCCAGAUGAGGCAGUGGUGGGCGGCACAGCAGGCGGGCAAGGCAGAGCGCGCGGGCGUGGAGGUCUCCAAGGCGCAGAUGCGUGGCUGGUGGUGGUUGGAGCAGCAGCAGGGCAAGGCGAUGGAUGCAGCACGAGCAGAGAUGAGGGCAUGGUGGGUGGCCCAGCAGCAGGGCAAGGCAGGGGCAGCGGCAGCGGCAGGCAUGGAGGAGAUGGAGGAGAUGGAGGGCAUGGAGGGCAUGGAGCGGGGCAGAGCGGCAAUGAGGGCAUGGUGGGUGCAGCAGCAGCAGGGCAAGGCUAUGGAUGCAGCACGAGCACAAAUGCGGGAAUGGUGGGUGCAGCAGCAGCAGGGCAAGGCUCUGGAUGCAGCACGAGCAGAGAUGAGGGCAUGGUGGGUGGCCCAGCAGCAGGGCAGGGCGGAGGCAGCGGCGGUGGCAGGCAUGGAGCAGGGCAGAGCGGCGAUGAGGGCCUGGUGGCUGGCGCAGCUGGCAGAGAAGAAGGCAGCAGCGGAGGCAGGGCGGGUGGAGCAGCUGCAGGCGGAGCAGGAUGAGUCGCGAUCGCAGCUCAACGAAUGGGCGGUGGGCAAGUGGAGGGCGGUGCUGGGGGAGGCGGAGCAGCAGGCGGAGGAGGCCAAGCUGGAGGCCAUGGAGGCAGGCCGGGCCGCCAUGCGCCAGUGGUGGACCAAUCAGCUGGAGGAGAAGGCUGCCCGGCUGGCAGAGCAAGCGGCGGCUGAGGUGGCGGCAGAGGCGGCCAUGUUUGCUGCAGCUGCUGCUGACUUUGGAGGCGGCGACGUGAGCGACUCGGAGUACAUUGCCUCCGAUGACGAGGAGCAGAUGGACCUGGUGGCGGGCAUGGUGGAUCUGAGUGACAACGAGCGCGCCGUCAUCGAGCGCGAGCUGCGGCGCGAGCGCACCAAGCGCGAGGCGAAGAAGGCGGUGUUGGAGAGGGACGUGCAGCGCUCCAUGGACCGCAGCCGCGCCGCCAUGCGCUCGUGGUGGCUGCAGCAGUGGGGCGCAAAGCAGAGGGCCAUGGGGUGGGGCGACAACCCGCCCGUGUGGCGCCUCAAGCUCACGGCCGGCGUGGCGGACACACCAGGUGGCAGCUCGGCACUGGCGGACGUGGAGGUGGCGGGCAACGGCGUGACGCUCGGGCUUUUCCCCCAGCCGGAGGACGGCUCGCGACCGGUUGAGCUGCACCUCAAGGGGGUGUCGUUUGCGCACUGCGUGGUGUACGGGCGGGACAAGUUCAUGGGGUUCGGCAAGUACCGCCGCGAGUACUUCAUCAAGGACGCCGGCUCCACCACCGGCACCUUCGUCAACGGCAAGCUGCUGGGAGUGAACGCACCGCGCAAGCUGGCCAAUGGUGACGUCAUCAAGUUGGGGCCCGAGGUUGAACUCCUCGUGACUGACCCCUCACUGUGACCUCUGCCCCCAUGCCAUGCCAUGCACCAGAGCAUGCCCCUCACCAGCCACAUGAAAUGGGAUUUGAGCAGGAAAUACAAAAAACUGAUUAGGUGAUCUUAGCUGUGUCUUCAGUACUGACACGCCAUUAUUUGUGUGAGACUGGUAGAAGCCUUCGGCCUACAUGAGCAGAUUAUGUGUCCGUGGGCAGAGCAUAAGAAUCCUGAGCCCAGAGCCUGAAAGCAAAAUUGGAUGGCAGUUAAAGCCGCGGUGCUGAUAUUGCCUGGACUUUUUCAAUUGUUUAUAAAUUGAAAGGGGAGUUACCCGGUGCCAACUCGAGGUUGUCAAGCGAAAGUUAGGGGGGAACGGGAGACGCUGUGCGCAAAAAUGAGAGCGGAAGAGUGGUCACAGCCAGGCCUCUGGAU